AGGUGAUGGCACUAGUAUCGAGAUUAGCACUGCGUAAGCUAGUUCCCUAUCAACUAUCAGACACCACCCGCUCCAACGCACUGCAAAAUGCGCGUCAAUACUACAUGAAGACACAGAAAAAGAAGGGAACUAGCUGGACUAGGUUAAGUGUAAAGGUUGGGGGUGGGGUGGCGGUUACUGGGGGACUUGGUGUUGUGCUGCUGGGUUACAACUGGGACGGGUUAGAGGACGAGUUUGUGGAUAUGGGUCUGCUGGAGCAGUUCCCAGCUCGAGCCAAGUCUAAAAUAUCGGACUAUUUAGCGUACAUGAUGGAGCCACGUGCCCAGGAACUGCUCCUUCCUGAUUUGUUACCUCCUCCUUACCAGGCUCCCUACACUCUCCUUAUAGAACUGAGCGACCUACUCGUUCAUUCCUCCUAUACCAGGACAGCUGGCUGGAGGAGAAAGAAGCGACAAGGUCUGGAUAUAUUUCUAGAGUCCCUGUGUAAACACUAUGAGAUUGUUAUCUAUACUCAGGAAGUGGGGAUGAACUGUGUGGAAGUUAUUGAGGCUAUUGACCCUAAAAUGUGUGUUCUUUACAAACUAUUUAGAGAUUCCACCAAAUACAAAAAGGGAGUGUAUUUGAAGGACCUUUCUAAUCUGAACCGUGAUCUUUCGAAGGUUAUUCUAGUGGAUACUAACAGGGAGGCUGUUUCUUGCCAGCCAGAAAACGCCAUUAUUUUGAACAAGUGGAUGGGUGAGGAUGAUAUGGACUUAAUAGAUCUGGCAGACAUGUUAGUUGUUAUUGCUCAGGACAGGCCGACAGAUCUGCGAGAGGUUAUCAAAUGUUACACAGAACUAGAAGACCCGAUAACCGCUUUCAGAAUGAGGAGACAGGAAAUUAUUGACGCAGAAAAUAGUAGGAAAUUAGAAGCCAUAAACAAAGCAAAAACUCCUGGUGGUAUAUUGGCGAAAAAGUGGUGGUUAUAAGGGUGUAAUAUGUGUUAAAUUAGGGCCCUCCUGAUCUCUUGUUGGUGAUUUUUAUUUUUGAGUUAAUUUUUUACAAAAUGUAACCUAUUGAUUAGCUUGGCAGGAAAGUUGGCAGUUAGCCAAUGGAAGUUGAAAUUAGAAAUUGAUUUAGUAAUUUAUUCUUCUAAAAACUUUAAUUCCUUCUGCAAAUGUUCGAUCAAACCAUUCAACUUCUCUUAAUCAUAAGUUA